GUUCCUUCGACUCGGCCUUUCGUAGGUACGUCUUACGUACGUACGUAUACCGUUUUAUUUAUGUUUACCAACCAGCCCAUGAGUGUGAGGAUCCAUGAGGAGACAGAACAGGAGGAGGUGGAAGAACCCAUCCAAGUGACCAGGGUUUGACAAUUUUCUCGCCAACCCAAAACGAAGCAGUUGAAAAAGUCCGAACCCUCGGCGCUUCAUUUGAAAGUGAAAACAUAGCAAAGAACCUGAUUUGAUCUAUCUGAGGAAAGUCGCCACAAACACACACACACACAUACACACACGCCUCCCUGUCAGGAUAGAUCAAAGAUAAAAACCCAGUAAUACUCGAUUUUAGUGAAGAAGUGUGAUUUUCGUGAGAGAUUUCUCUCUCGAAUCCCUCCCCGAAUAAUAAAGUGUGCGCAAUUCUUGAAUUCUGGGGUGAACUCUGAAUCUGACCAGUUCUUCAGAACACCUUCACGUGUCGUGUUUAGUUCGGUGCUUUGUGAGCUGUGAGUGAUCCAAAAGUAGCGAAAAAUGUAAAUUUCUCUCUCCUGUGACUGUGAGCAUCAUCCCACCCAAAAAAAGAGACACAAAGCUGACUGAAUUGGGAGAUUCAUCAUCAUUCCUUAACCGACUCUUUGGAAGAAAUCCCAAAGAAGAAGCUUUUCCAGUGGAAGAUCCCAUAGAAUGUGACAAUGAAGAGUUUCCUUGAGAGUGGAAAAUCUGAGAAUGGAACCCAUUCUAUUCUCAAGAAAUAAGAGCCAUGUUAAAGUGGGCAGUUUUUGCCAAGCCUCCGGAAUUCCGGAAACGAAACGUUGUGGGUUCGGAUCCGAGAGCCGCAACAUGUCGUGGAAAACUCCAAUCAAAACGCUCCAAGCUCAACAUGGAGAUCAACAAGGAGCUCAUGCUCCGAUCCGGAGCGGAGAAUUUGUUCAAAGCGACCACGAACAAAAAGCUCAAAGAGACGGUGGCCCUGGAGUUGAGCUUCGUGAAUUCAAAUCUCCAACUCCUCAAGGAACAGUUAGCCGAGCUCAAUAGCUCUGUGGAGCUCUAUCAAAAUGCGGCAAAGGAUGCUGAAAUUCCCAUGAUUCCCCUGGGUCUCAAGGAAACCAAAGAGAUCGAUUUUCGGGAACCAUUUAAGGACUUCAUCUUGGAACAUUACUCCGAGGAUGGCCACGAGUACGAAAAUGCCAUUGCGGAGUUCAUGGACGUUCGGCAAGCCAUGCGAACUCCAACCCGAGAUCAAAAUGGAAUUGCUCUACUCUUUGAGCAUUUCAAUCAACUCUAUUAUGUCGAGAGGCGGUUCUUUCCUCCGGAUCGAAGCCUUGGCAUAUUUUUUGAAUGGUACGACUCUUUAACCGGCGUCCCGUCUUGUCAACGGACUGUGGCCUUUGAAAAGGCCAGCGUUCUCUUCAACAUCGCAGCCCUGUACACACAAAUCGGUACUCGGCAGGAUCGCUUCUCACAAACUGGCCUAGAUUUGGCCGUGGACAAUUUCCUGCGCGCAGCGGGCACAUUCCAGUACAUCCACGAGAACUUCACCAAUGCACCAUCCAUGGACUUGAGUCCGGAUACCCUCGAACUCAUGGUUCAUCUAAUGUGUGCUCAAGCACGAGAGUGUCUGUUCGAAAAAGCCGAACUGACCUUGAAGGCCAAGGGAGUUAAUGACAUCGAAACUUGCAUUAUUCUAGGCCAAGAAGCUGCUCAUGUCUCCGAGGUAUAUUGCAAGGUCCAUGGGAUCAUUGCCAAUCCUCCAGUCAAAGACUACGUUCCCUACUCAUGGAUCUCACUGACGCAAGUGAAAAGAGAGCACUACAAGGCCUUAGCUCAUUACUUUGUGGCCGUUGGUCUCUUGGACCACAAGGAAGACGAGUUUUCUCAACGUGCCACAGAGUUGCUUCAGUUUCUUCACGACGAAAGUGACGAUGAGAAUGAUAAGGCUCUAGGUUGCAUCGAGAUCAGGGUGCCGAAGACGACCGACGAGAAGCGCUAUCUUGGCAAGGCUCAUCUUCGGGAGGCUCUUCUUCUCCACGAAGAGGCCAUGCGAGUCAAUCGAAUGUGUCGCGAACUUCGGAAGAAGGGCGUAUUGCAGAACCUGCUCCGCAACACGCACGAUCGCUCCCUCAACAAAUAUGCUUCCAUCGAUGAGGAAGACGACUUUCAGGAGGUCUUGGACCCACCUCCGGUUGUCCCGUCGACUCAGUAUCAGUUGUCCUUGGCCUUUCCUGAUCUCAGUCAGCACAAAGUCCAAGACCUCUUUGCCGACCUGGGUCCCGUGGCUAUAUUCAAUGCCAAGCACUAUUGGUCGGCUCCCCGAUCUAUCAAGCUCAGGAAGAGAGAUCAUGAAGGUUAUGGGUUCAGUGUCAGAGGCGAUUCACCCGUCAUCAUCGCUGGCGUGGAUCACCGCAGUCUGGCCGAGACUGGGGGAAUGAAGGACGGCGACUACAUUGUGGGCAUCAAUGAGCAUGACGUGAAAUGGUCGCCUCAUGACGAAGUCGUUUCUCUCAUCAAAUCCUCUGGCAACUCGCUCAAGUUGAAAGUCGUCACUCCCAUGGACGGAAAGAGCCAGGUUCCUCCUCCCUCCACCUCCUCCUCAAAGAUGAUCCCUGCGACAGCGCCCUCACACUCGUCCAGGACCCGGGGCUCCAUCUCUCCCACUUCCACGUCUAGUGGAGUCUCUGGCAUGGGCACGUACUCGUCCUCGCAUGGCGGGGACUCAUCCUCACCCGCUAGUUCCGUUACCAGUGGUAGUACCCGUUCCACUGGCACCGGCUUGAGCAAGGAGAAGAAGCCGUGGAAUAUCUUCAGUCAUGGCGGGAAGAAAUCAGUCGUCCCGCACCACGGCGAUUUAGUGCGAGAAAAGACAAAGAUGCGAGACGACUUCGACGACAACGUCAUCUUACGAUGAGCAGGCGGGACGGCGAGGAGAACACCACGUGGAAAACCAUGCCGAGCGAUCACGGACGGAUGCUAGUCACACCACAAAUGAACCGAAAAUAUGUCCUUACUUGUGCUGCAUUUUUGGUUUGCCAUAUACUGAUAUACUGAUACAUACACUACUUAUUUUCAGAACAAUAUUCGUGUUGGUAUUGCCCGACAAUUUUAGCAAUCCCUUACCCUUACCCUUACCCUCCCCUACCCCCUUUCCCCACCUACUUUCGAAGCUCAGAAGCCCCACCUAUGUGUAUGUGCUUAGGUCCUUGAUUGAGUUUGAUUUUACUGUGAUAGUUCAGAACUUCAGAUGAUUCUUUUAUGUGCCACAAGUUAUAACUACAACCAUCACGUUAGUAGAGAUGAUAAACAAUAAGAAUGAAAUACAAUGAGUUAUCUACAACAAAAA